ACCUCUGACACCUUCGUCCUCGUAUCGUCUUCCUCCCUACUCCUCCACUCCUCAGCGCUGCUCUCCUCGCAGCCUAGAUCUGCAGUUAUAUCUUCUCGCAGACGCAUACCUCUAUCAAUCCUCCUUGCAAGUGACAGGCUAUCCGAUCUCACAUGCAAGUAGUGCAGAUGAAUCCGUUCCAACAGCAACAACCUUGGUUCUUUCAGAACCCGGCGCAAUCAACACAGCUUGCAAUGCCGACCUCCACGCCAAACAAGCCGGCUACGGAGCCCCUGGCCUUGUCUCAAAACUUCGUGCCGGCUUCUGGAUCCAAGACUUUGUAUCCUUUCUCCACAGCAACCAAGCCCACGCUCUCGUUUCCAAUGCCCACGGUCCAGCAAUCCGGAGACCUCUGGCAAUCAACACUAGUUGCCUCGCCUACAGCAAGCACACAACCCAUGCAUACGGUCAACCUCGUCGGAUGGAACAACGCGCCAUCAUAUCAUCAAGUAAAUGCUCCGAUGCUCAACAGGAGCCAAGCUCUCCUUGGAAUCAACCAGCAACAUCAGACUUCAAAUGGUCCGAUGCAGCAAUCUAUCCAAGUGCAACCCAACAACCAGCUUUUAAUUGCUCAAAUGCUCGCUCUCAUCAAGCAGUCUGGUCAGCACGGCAAGUUGUUUGAGCCACAAGCAAAGGGGCAGAUGCAAGAACUUGCGUCUCUCUCAGCAGCUCCUGCUGCUCAGCCUUGCCAAUCCCAGCCCCUCGCUGCACAUCGAGACUCAGACAGCCAGGCUUCGUCCACAUCCAGCUCGCCAACGCAGGAUCCCUCCAGGACUUCAUCGGGGGGAGAGUCCAAGAUGGCACGGGCGAGGGAGAAGCAAGGGGGCAAGUGGCAGAAGGCUGCGGCGCACCACGGAAAGUCAUCCGGACUCUCGUCCACAGGGCAGGGCAACCAGGUCAUCGCUUUCAAGCAUUUCCUCCAGGAGGAGCAGAGGAAGGGUGUGGUGACGAUCGACGCGGUUGGCCAGCCCUCGGGGAUCGACUCGGGCAAGGAGCUUGUGAACCCCCUGGGGCUGAAGAAGUGGCAAGUUAACGACGUGGAUCAGUGGUGGGAAGAUGUGAAGAGAUGGUUCGAGGACGAUCCCGAGAGAUUCUGCUUCCGCGCCUUCUUCAUGAUGCUUCGCCGCUUCGGCUUCAAGCCCUUCAACAAGGCUCCUGCUCCCGCCAGCUCCGGUCUCGACUACGGACUCAAGAACAAGCUUGCUCGCACGCACGGAUAUGAGUACGACACGGAGGUUUUCGAACGGUAUUGCCAGAGCAGGAAGGCCAUCGCCAGGUACUGCCCGAUGUCAAAGAAAGAGAAGGAGACAUGA